AGCCGCCAGUAAGGCAAAAUGGCGGUGGCAGCGAGGGGGUGCGGCGGGGUUUGGCGCCGAGCAUGGCAGCGCGGCGCUGGGGGUCCCUCCCCCGCCCCCCGAGGCCAGCGGGCCGUCGCCUGUAACGCGAGAGGCGGGGCGGUGCCGGCGGGGAAGAGCGGUCUUGCUCCAUGGGAACCAGUUGUGGGCCUCGAAAUUCACGCACAGAUCAGUUCCAACUCAAAACUUUUCUCUGGUUCCCAAGUCCAGUUUGCAGCACCUCCUAACUCUUUGGUAUCUUUCUUUGAUGCUUCUUUACCAGGAACUUUACCAGUUCUCAACAGGAGGUGUGUAGAAGCAGCAGUGAUGACAGGCCUGGCACUCAACUGCAGCAUAAACAAGAAGUCCUUGUUUGACAGAAAACACUACUUCUAUGCAGAUCUGCCUGCUGGCUAUCAAAUCACUCAGCAAAGAGUUCCUAUUGCGGUGAAUGGAAGUCUGUCAUACAGUCUCUGCAUAGACAACAAAAUGAGCCAGAUGGUGACCAAAACUGUGAGGAUUAAACAAAUUCAGUUGGAGCAAGACAGUGGAAAGAGUCUCCAUGAUGACACAAGGAGCCAGACUCUCGUUGACUUGAAUAGGGCUGGAGUCGGCCUCAUGGAGGUUGUCAUGGAGCCUGAUAUGUGCUGUGGGGAAGAAGCAGCUGCAGCAGUCAGAGAGCUUCAGCUCAUUCUUCAAACACUUGGGAGCAGCCAGGCAGUCAUGGCAGAGGGUCAGCUGAGAGUGGAUGCCAAUGUCUCUGUGCAUCACCCUGGAGAGCCUUAUGGAGUGAGGACUGAAGUGAAGAAUAUCAAUAGCAUACGAUUCCUGGCAAAAGCAGUAGACUACGAAAUACAGAGGCAAAUUGAAGAACUUGAAAGUGGAGGAACAAUUCUGAAUGAAACAAGAGCCUUUGAUUCCAAGCUUGGGUGCACUGUACCAAUGAGAGACAAAGAAGGAAAACAGGAUUAUCGGUUUAUGCCAGAGCCAAACCUUCCUCCAUUGAUUCUGUAUGAUGCAAAAUCUUUGCCAGCUAAUAUGAACCAUCAGCAAGUGGUAAAUAUUGAUUUGAUUCAUGAGAGGCUUCCUGACCUCCCCAGUGUGAAGAGAGCAAAGCUCGUUGAACGGUAUGGGAUUCUUCCUGAACACAGCUUCACCUUAUUGAACGAAGACGGAUUAACAGAGUUCUUUGAAAAUGUGGUAAAACAGACCCAAAUGAAGCCAAAGAAAGUGAUCGGCUGGAUUCUAAAUGACCUGCUCAGUUAUUUGAAACAACAUUCCCUUACAGUAAAGGAAAGCCCAGUCAGUUCUUUUCUCCUGGCUGACCUUCUGAACCUUCUAGAAAAAAAAGAAAUUUCUUCUACAGCAGCAAAGCAGGUGCUUGCAGAAUUGUGGAAGGGAGAAGGGAAGACUCCUCUUGAAAUUGUUAAAGAAAAGAAACUUGAACUGAUACAGGAUCAAAAAGAGCUUGAACAGAUCUGCCAGGCCGUGAUUGAUGGACAAGAAAAUGAGGUUAUGGCGAUAAAAGCAGGAAAUCUGAAAGUUCUAAAUAAGUUAAUUGGCCUGGUACAAAGAGAAACACGAGGACGAUCCAAUCCUGUUGUGGUAAAGCAAUUAUUAGAGAAGAAGCUGUCACAGUAGCCACAAGAGAAAACCACCCAGGUAUCUGCAGAAAACACAUGCUUUGUUCUGUCUGGUUCACUGCAAAUGAACUUCGGUGCCUCCUCACCUAUCAUCAGGAUGUUGGUUAUAUUUCAAGCAGUGUUACAUCCUACUCUUCCCCAGGUGCAUCAGCCAAAGGCAGAUGAGCAACAGAAUAGUGGGAGCUGAUAGAGUCAUUUGCAUCUCCCUCACUUCGGUGCAGCAUUCGGAAAUGUGAUUUCCAUGCAGCCACAGGAAACAAGUUCCCAGAGGUGUGAGCGAGUACGCAGAGAGCUGAGGCGCUCAUGGUUGGUUUUGUAAUAAAGCAAGUGUAAACUCAGCUUUUCUAGCUGCCUUUUUGUGAGAAGGGGAAGUCACAGAUCUUGAAUGCAAAAUCUGGUGGUGCACACUAAAAACUCACUGUAAAUUAGUGUGAGUGCACUAGUAGCAAUGAUUAAAACACCUAGCAGUAAUUAAGACCACCACAUGCGCCUCCAUGCCUAGCAGGAGGGGAAAAAAAAGUCCACUGCUAUCAUUCUGCCUGGUUUCUGAGGGAUGGGGGAAAGUCCCUAGCUACUUAAGUGCAUGCCUGAGGCUAGUGCCACCAACAGAUCUAAGUCCCUGCACAUCUAAGAACUGGUGUCAAAGUGUUUGCUUGCCUUCUCUUUGUUAUGUGCUGCCCAAACAUUGGCUUUGCCUACUCACAGUUGUUCAGUUCUGAAGUGUGCCUGACAGAUGUACGCCCGAGCCCUGCUGAGGUUCACCUCCCAUUUUGGCCGGUGAGGUUCAGCAUGGCAGCUGUGCUUCCGCCGACCCUGCGGAACCACCAGAGGAGCAAGCAGUGCCUUUCUCUCCUGUGGUAGUUCAGUAGAAGCUGAAGGAAUUGAAUGUGCCAUUGGCUUACCAAAACUGAGCAGGACUUGGCUGCAUUCCAGGGGCUGUUCCAUUAUUUAAUCCUAAGGAGUGUUUUAUGCUGGUUUUUUUAAUACCUUCCAUUUUCCAUCUCCCAGGUUGAAGUACCCAUGGAAAUCCAAGGUCCUAGAGUUAACUUCCUAGUCCCAGCCCACUUCAGCAGAUCAAACCAUUAACAGGAAACACAACUAGAGGCAGCCUAUUACAUUUACAUUUAUUAGGGAAAGAAAUCCCAUUUAGUGCCAAGGGUUUGAAGUUCUUAAAUCCCUUCUGGAGGCAGCUAAGCUGUACAUUUUAAAGAUCACAUUUACCUCAGCCCUCAGAGAUACUUCUUCAGCAUUUUUCUUUAGGAUAUGGCUGCAGGGCAGGUGGUGUCACAGGGGUGGGACUUCAGCCACCUCUUGCAAAUGUGGUGCUUGCAACACGAGUUCAAAUUAGGUUGACAGCAGUGCAUUCUCACAAGCAGCAGUGCUAAUUUAUGUCUCCAGCAGGACGGUUCUGUACAAACUGGCUCAGGGUUCAAGUGUGAACUCUUAAUUAGAAGGAAAAACCAUCCCAUGGUUUUCAAAUACAUUUAAUGAAUAAAAUGUAUACCCAUUAUUCACAUAAAAAUAACUUUACAAUUCAUAAAGUCAUACAGCUGACAAAAAGCAGUAACAUGGUUGCAAUCAAGAACUGUGACCCUUCAAAAAAACCCAAACCUCCAAAACCCCAAAGCAACCCCCCCAGGAUUUUCAUGUAACCCAGUCUUCGCACAAAGGCUUUUACUAUCACUUUUCAUGUCAUGAGCAAAAAGUACUUUUUUUACUUAGAGUUGUGGGAGUUUUCAGGUUUCGAUUAUAUAGCAAAUUUGAAAUUUUGGAAUUCUGCUCAACUCUUGCCAUGGCAGCAAGAAACAAAAAGGCACAACGGCUUCUGCAUGAAAUCUUGAAUCUUAAUUUAAAGGUACUCCCUUGGUUUAGAAAAGCAGGAUUGUUUCCAAAAGGUGGUCCUCCAAAGUGAAUGCUUUUUGUUGCACAGCUUGCUGCCGCUGUGCUGAGUUUCCCCUUGGCUGUAGUGGGUGCUUCUUAAUAAAGAAAAAGCAAAA